AUGAUUGAGGCUCCUACGUUGAACGGCUCCGGCCGAGUCAUUAAUGGAGCUCUCGGCGACGCCCGGGGAGCGACGAUAAUGACCCCGGAAAACAUUGCCACCCUCCUAGCUAACGAUCACAAGGUGAAGGUUGCUGGGCUCGAUAGCGACGGCGUUCUUCGUGGGAAGGUCAUGUCGAAAGAGAAAUUCCUCGUCAGUAUUGCCAGCGGAUUCGCGAUGAGCUCCGCCGUGUUUGGCUGGGAUAUGCACGACGAAUUGUAUUCGAGUGACACAUGCAUCACCAGCGCGCAAGAAGGAUACUUUGAGCUCGAGUUUAUGAAUUUCCAAACGCCAACCGCGGACGGCUACAGCGAGGGCGACAGGUCUAACCACGAUAUAGCAGCAUUUCUCACCAAGAACUCUCAGAAAGCAUUACGCCCACUCACAUCUGGGAUGUUCGCCUAUAGUAUGACACGUCCUGUUGCUAAUAAGGACUAUUUCCACCAGCUGUUCGACUACAGCGAGGAUAUGAACUGUAGAGUGGAGAGCUGGCAUACGGAGAGUGGCCCUGGAGUUUACGAAGCUGCUAUAAAGGUCAGCGAAGUAGAUGAGAUGGCCGACAAAGUAGCCCUUUUCAAACUUCUUUCAAAGGCAACCGGCAUCAAAUAUAAUAUCACGCCAUGCUUUAUGGCGAAGCCGAUAUAUGGUGUCCCGGGCAGUUCCGGCCACAUCCAUGUUUCCCUCACCGACCUGGAAGGCAAGAACUUAUUUGCUCGCGACUCUCCCGAUCUCAAUCCUCAAUGGAGGGAUAUCGCCUACCUUUCUGACCUUGGCCGUCACUUUCUUGCGGGGCUCCUCGACGCGCUCCCAGACAUCAUGCCCAUGUUUGCCCCAACUGUCAACUCGUAUAAGCGUCUCAUCGAGAAUUACUGGGCUCCUGUCGACGUUAGCUGGGGUCUUGAACACCGGUUGGCGUCCAUCCGAGUUAUAACGGCACCCGUAUGCAAGCCCGGAGCCACACGCUUCGAGGUGCGGCUACCGGGGGCGGAUCUGCAUCCCCAUUAUGCCCUUAACGCGAUCGUCGCUGCCGGGUGGCGAGGCGUGAAGCGGAAAAUGGAGAUCUCGAUCCCUCCCGCGGGUUCUCGGAGUCCGGAAGACAAAGCUGCGCGCCUACCAAAGAGCCUCGACGAAGCACUUGAGAGGUUUCGUGCUAAGGGUAGUGUCGCGAGGGAGAUAUUGGACCAAGAUUUCGUAGAUUUCUUCGCCGCAACAAGGGACCAUGAGUUGAAAUUGUGGCGUGAGGCUGUUACCGACUGGUAG